CGGGAGGCGGCGGAGGCGGAGGAGAAGGAGGAGAAGCGGCGGCGGCUGCGAGGGGGAGGAAACGGCAACAUGAAUUCAUAGAUGAUGAGUAGGAUGCCAAAGCCAGAGAUGACAGUGCUCUUGAAGAAAUGCUGGGUAGAACAAAAAGAUGAUCAUGGGAACAGCAAUGGCAGUCAUGUAAAAAUCUUUUUACCGAAGAAGCUGCUUGAAUGUCUACCAAAAUGUUCAAGUUUACCGAAAGAGAGGCACCGCUGGAACACUAACGAGGAAAUUGCAGCUUAUUUAAUAACAUUUGAAAAGCAUGAAGAGUGGCUAACAACCUCCCCCAAAACCAGACCACAGAAUGGUUCUAUGAUCCUGUACAACAGGAAGAAAGUGAAAUACAGGAAAGAUGGAUAUUGCUGGAAAAAAAGGAAAGACGGGAAAACCACCAGGGAGGAUCACAUGAAACUGAAGGUGCAAGGAGUGGAGUGCCUGUAUGGCUGCUACGUCCAUUCCUCCAUCAUCCCCACGUUUCACAGAAGGUGCUACUGGCUUCUGCAGAACCCAGACAUCGUGUUGGUGCACUACCUGAAUGUCCCAGCCAUCGAGGACUGCGGGAAACCAUGUGGCCCCAUCUUGUGUUCAAUAAACACCGACAAGAAGGAAUGGGCAAAGUGGACAAAAGAGGAACUCAUUGGGCAGCUCAAACCAAUGUUUCAUGGCAUUAAGUGGACAUGCAGCAAUGGCAACAGCAGUUCAGGGUUCUCAGUGGAACAGCUCGUGCAGCAGAUCCUCGAUAGCCACCAGACCAAGCCCCAGCCUCGGACACACAACUGUCUCUGCACUGGUACCUUGGGGGCGGGAAGCAGUGUGCAUCAUAAGUGUAACAGUGCCAAACACCGCAUCAUAUCACCAAAGGUUGAACCAAGGACAGGUGGGUACAGCGCUCAUUCAGAGGUACAAAAUAAUGAUGUCUCUGAAGGCAAGAACGAGCACAGUCAUGGCAAGGCCUCCAGCCGAGAGAAGAGGAACGGCAAAGUGGCGAAACCAGUGUUGCUCCAUCAAAACAGCACUGAGGUUUCUUCCACCAACCAGGUGGAGGUCCCUGACACGACCCAGAACUCUCCCGUGUCCAUCAGCAGUGGGUUAAACAGCGACCCAGAUAUGGCAGAUAGCCCAGCUGUCACUGGUGUGUCCAGUAUGGCUGUAGCAUCAGUUAUGGGAAGCUUGUCACAAAGUGCCACCGUAUUUAUGUCAGAAGUCACCAGUGAAGCUGUGUACACCAUGUCACCCACCUCUGGCCCAAAUCAACAUCUUCUGUCCUCAGAUGCAGCUGCACAAGGACUGGUACUUGCUGUGAGUUCAGAUGGACACAAAUUUGCUUUUCCAACCGGAAGUUCAGAGAGUUUGUCAAUGCUACCCAGCACUGUCUCCGAGGAACUUGUGCUCUCCACAACUUUAGAAGGAAAUAGAAAAAUUCCAGAAACCACCAUGAAUUUUGACCCAGACUGUUUUCUUAACAAUCCCAAGCAAGGGCAGACUUAUGGUGGAGGAGGUAUGAAAAGUGACAGCAUCAAUACCAACAUAAGGCAGUCACCCACAACAGAACGUAGCUUCAACUUCAAUACAACCCUCACAAAAGAAAUUAAAACUGAGGACACAUCUUUUGAACAACAGAUGUCCAAAGAAGCAUUUUCUUCCACUUCUGCAUCUAACACACUCACCCUCAGUACUGGUUCAGGUUUGCUUCCAUCUGGAGGAGGUCUGAGCCCAAGUACCACCCUGGAGCAGAUGGACUUCAGUGCCAUUGACUCCAACAAGGACUAUUCUUCCAGCUUCAAUCAGACCGUCCAGAGCCCUCAUGUUCAUCAGACCCCUUCCCCCAGCUUCUUUCUGCAGGAUGCCAGCAAACCUCUUCCCCUUGAGCAAAACACUCACAACAAUUUGAAUGACACAAGUAGCUCAUUUGUGAACACCUUAGGAAUCCCCAAUGUGAAAACAGAGUCCUCCUCCCAAACCACUUCCAACUGUAAUGGCACGGUGGAAACCAGAAUAGAGUCCACCUCUUCUCUCCAGCUCAUGCAGUUCCAAGCAAACUUCCAGGCCAUGACUGCAGAAGCUGAAGUUCCCAUGGAGACCUCCCAGCAGGCAGAAGGAAAUGAAAAUCUACUUAAAUCAGAGGAUCUUCAAGCCUGCAACACAGAACACUACUUGCAGCCCGAGUCCAAUGGGGGUAUCAGGAAUGGGAACAAUCUCCCUAUUCUCCAAGGAAACAUGGUACAAGGACUCUAUCCUGUGGCCCAUCCCAGCUUAAAUAACUCCUCCAACAUGGAGCUUAACUUGGACCACUUUGACAUUUCCUUCAGCAAUCAGUUUUCUGAUCUAAUUAACGAUUUCAUAUCAGUAGAAGGUGGGAGCAAUGCUCUCUAUGGACACCAGCUGGUGUCAGGUGACAGUGCCGGACUGUCUCAGCCUGAAGACAGCAACAGAGCGACAUACAACCAGGCCCAAAUGUGCAUUCCUUGCUGCAGUCCUCAGCAGGCCAACAUGCAGCUCAGCAGCACGGAGAAUGGAGCCAGCACCAUGGCGUACAUGCACGUGGCUGAGGUGGUCUCAGCAGCUGCGGCACAAGGCACUUUGGGGUUGCUGCAGCAGAGUGGGCGCUUGUUCAUGGUGACAGAUUAUUCACCAGAAUGGUCUUACCCUGAGGGAGGAGUAAAAGUCCUGAUUACCGGCCCGUGGCAGGAAGCCAGCAAUAAUUACAGCUGUCUGUUCGAUCAGAUCUCAGUGCCUGCAUCUUUAAUUCAGCCAGGGGUACUGCGCUGCUACUGCCCAGCUCAUGACACUGGGCUCGUGACUUUGCAAGUUGCCUUCAACAAUCAGAUCAUCUCCAAUUCUGUGGUGUUUGAAUAUAAAGCCAGAGCUCUGCCAACCCUGCCUUCCUCCCAGCAUGACUGGCUGUCCUUGGACGAUAACCAGUUCAGGAUGUCAAUAUUGGAACGACUUGAGCAGAUGGAGAGGAGAAUGGCUGAAAUGACAGGCUCCCAGCAGCACAAGCAAGGAGUAGGAGGCGGGAGUAAUGGGAGUGGGAACGGUGGAACGCAGGUCCAGUGCGUUUCUGGGACUGGGACCCUGGGCAGCUGCUUUGAGAGCCGCGUGGUGGUGGUGUGCGAGAAGAUGAUGAGUCGUGCUUGCUGGGCAAAGUCCAAACACUUGAUCCAUUCAAAGACUUUCCGAGGAAUGACACUGCUCCACCUAGCUGCUGCCCAGGGCUAUGCUACACUGAUCCAGACCCUCAUCAAAUGGCGCACUAAACAUGCAGACAGCAUUGAUCUGGAGCUGGAAGUUGACCCUUUGAAUGUGGAUCAUUUCUCCUGCACUCCUCUGAUGUGGGCAUGUGCCCUGGGCCACAUGGAUGCAGCUGUUGUGCUGUACAAGUGGGACCGCCGAGCCAUCUCUAUUCCUGACUCCCUUGGGAGACUGCCACUGGCCAUUGCUCGGUCUCGGGGCCAUGUAAAGUUGGCAGAGUGCUUGGAGCAGCUACAGCGAGAUGAACAAACUCAGCUUGGGCAAAACCCCAGGAUUCAGUGCCCCUCAAGCACAGACUCCAACACAGAGAACUGGGUGUCCCAGUGGCACAGUGAGCUUGUUGCCUCUCAGGAGCCUCAGAAGGGAGUCACAGUGAUUUCCAGUACAAACACAGAGCUGAGACGGCCAAGAUCAGAACCUUCCAGUUAUUACGGUAGUGAGACUCAGAAAGAUUACCCUGCACCCAAAAAGCAUAAGCUGAGCCCUGAAUAUUUCCAAGCCCGGCAAGAGAAGCUGCUUUCCACUGCACUGAGCCUGGAGCAGCCGAGCAUUAGGAAGCAGAACUCCAGCUCCAAGCAAUCCUCCACUGAGACAAUCAGCCCCAGUGAAGGAAUGAGGGACUAUGGCCGGGAGCUCUCCCAGCACAUCCCAGAAGUUACUGGGUACCGGGGCUCUGGCAGCCAAGCAGGCAUCAAAUGGAACCCAAAAGACAUUUAUAUCGGUGUGUCUGCAGUGCAGGUGGCAGGGAACCAGAAGGGGACUGCCCUGGGGAAGGAUGCUGUAGCCCAUCGGCUACGCCAGCGGGAGCAGAUGAAUGUGCUGAUGAUGGCUGACAGGGAGAUGGUGGAUGCAGAGCUCUUGUCCUACAGAGACAACGCAGGGGAUGAGGACUGCUUACACCACAUGGAUGAACUACAGGUGAACAUGAUGACACUUGCAGAGCACAUUAUUGAAGCUACGCCUGACAGGAUCAAGCGGGAGAAUUUUGUGCCAAUGGAAUCACUGCUGGUGGAGAGAACAGACAGUGCUGCCAUGAGCACCACUAUGAGCUGGCUGGCCAGUUACCUUGCUGAUGUCGAUCACUUGCCGAGUGCUGCACAGAUCAGAAGUCUGUAUAGUGAACCCCUGACCCCUUCUUCGAACACCAGCUUGAGCCCUGCAGGCUCACCAAUCAGUGAAAUAGCUUUUGAGAAACCCAGCCUUCCCUCGGCAGCAGACUGGUCCGAAUUUCUGAGUGCGUCCACCAGCGAGAAGGUAGAAAAUGAGUUUGCACAGUUAACUCUGUCUGAUCAUGAGCAGAGAGAACUCUAUGAAGCUGCCAAACUCGUCCAGACAGUGUUCAGGAAAUACAAGGGUCGUCCUCUCCGGGAACAGCAAGAGGUGGCUGCUGCUGUUAUUCAGCGUUGCUACCGAAAGUACAAACAGCUUACUUGGAUAGCCUUGAAGUAUGCACUUUAUAAGAAGAUGACACAAGCUGCCAUUCUUAUCCAGAGCAAAUUCCGAAGUUACUAUGAGCAGAAAAAAUUCCAGCAGAGCCGACGAGCUGCGAUGCUGAUCCAGCAGUACUAUCGCAGCUACAAAGAAUGUGGGGAAGAGGAAAAAAACCGUCGGGCAGCCACCAUUGUGCAACAGAACUCAGAAGCAGUCUGCUUACCAAGAAGCAGGAUCAAGCUGCUCGCAAGAUUUAUGCGGUUUUUACGACGCUGCCGCCACAGCCCACUGGUGGACCAUAGGCUGUACAAAAGGAGUGAAAGAAUUGAAAAAGGCCAAGGAACUUGAAGAUACGCAGCAGCAUCCCGUAGCAAUGUGACAUUGCUUUUCAGACUGUUUUCAUUUUCUGUUUUUAGCAGAGACAUGCAACAACAACAAAAAUACCCACUGCAGUUCUGGAAAUACCAGCUGCAGGAUUUUAACAGUAAUGUUUUGGUCAUUGCAUUUGCACUUUCAUGGACAACUUUUAAUUUGUUCAGCAAGACAUCUUGGAACUCAAUCUUCUGUUGGAUCGUUGGGAAAACAAAAGACACCAGGAAGAAAUUGUGAGUUGCUUCAUUCUCCGAGAAGGAACGAAGAAGCGAUUAAUUAUCCUUUUCAUAUAGGGCUGUAUUAAACAACAUGUGGAACUGUACAAAUAUUAUACCAAAAAUAUUGUUCAGAAAAGGUGGGAAUGCACAAGCAACACAAGAAUGCUGUUCCUGCACCUGUCAGUCAUCUCCAAGAAACUGAAGCUUUGAGAGUCUCAGUGGAGGGGCUUAGAUCAGUACAUCUUUAUUGGGUCCAUGCAUCCUCAUUUCCUUCGCACUCCUGUCUUUUGUGUUUUAUUUAAACCUCUACAGCACACUUAAUGCAACUUUUUAAAUCUGCAGGUUUUUAAUACAUCCUGUGGGAACUUACAGAAGGGGUUGGUGUGUGAGAGACACGGGUAAUGCAUGAGAAUGGAGAGAGCAGCUUAAGCAAGUUUUAAACACUUUUUUUGGUAUUUUUACUAGAACCUGCAAACAUAUCAACUGUCAUGUACUUUCUCUCAUAUUCAGCACUUUAUUUUCUAGCCUUACCUUCAUGUACUAUUGUUUUAAUUAAGUUCUUAAAUAAUUUGUAAAACAUGUAGCUUUUUCUCUUAUGUCAAACCUCUUGUCAUUUUGCAGAGUCACGUACAUAUGUUGCCUGGACAUUUUAAGCCACCUAAAGAUCAGUGGUGCUGCAUUCUGGCCAGUAAAUUUCUUAUUUUGGCUACUUCAUCGAAAUCUGGGCAGUUUUCUGUAUAUAUAGAAGGUAGAAAUGGAAAAUGAGAAAAAAAAUAUUUGAAAGGGAAUAUAUUGAUUAAUUACUAAAUAUUUUAUUCACAAAGGGUCAAUAACUUGGCAAGAUAAAAUUAUUAUUUGUAUAGUUUUGUCUGAAUGAACCAGAAGAGUGUGGAUGUAUUGUUUGUAUAUAUUGUAUAUAUUAAAACAAAGAGAUAUGUGCAUGAACUCAAGAAAAAGAAAUGAACAAAGCAAAGCAUUAGUGGCUAUGGUCUGUAAAAUGAAACAAAAACUUUAUUUCACUAUAAGAAACUUUAUUUUAAAUGUUCUUUAGAAGAACAUUUUUGCUAAAGCAUGACUAAAUGGCAAAAAAGAGCUACUGUAUUUAGACUUAGGAAAAAAAGGCAGAGCAACAUUACUUUAAAAAAAAAAAAAAAGAAAAAAAGGAUAUGUUUACAUUUGAUUUUGGCUACCAGGAGUUUGGUUCAGUUGGGUUUAAUUUAUAUAUUCCUUGCUUUUUUUUUUUCCCCCCGUCUUUUUUUUUUCCUUUCUUCCUUUUUUUUUUUUUUUUGCCAAUGGUGCCAAGUAAUGUGAAUGCUAAUAUUGCUUAAGAAAAUUAAGUUACUUUUGCAAAGCAGAUAAUCAUAAGAGUACAAAAACCGUAUCUAGCUUAACACCAUACACUCACUCCAAUAAAGAACACUUAGAAUGAACAUAAAAUGAAAAAAAUAAAUAAAUAAAUAGUACAAAAGUAGAAAAUAUGUUUCACAUUUUCAUAUCUCCUGCUGGAAGU